AUGUCAGACGACAAAGCCUCGAUCCAGGCCUCCCUCAAGGACGACUAUGGCCACAACCUCGCAGUCGAGGUCCCCGCCUCGAUCGCAGCUCUGACUGAGCCCGAUCGGAUCGCGCUGGACAAAGCAGCGACCCGCAAGGUCGACAUACUCCUCAUGCCAGCCCUAGUCGUCCUCUACAUCCUCAACUACCUCGACCGGCAGAACAUCUCGACAGCAAAGAUCGGGGGCAUGACGACCGACCUGGGCAUGACGGCUCAGCAGCUCAGUACCUGUGUCGCAGUGCUGUUUGCCGGCUACGUCUCCCUCCAAAUUCCGUCCAACAUCAUCGCGUCAAAAGUCACUUGGCCCAGCACAUACAUCUGCUUGAUGUGUGGUCUCUGGGGCGCAGUGAGCGCCUGUACCGGCGCAGUGAACAGCUAUGCUGGCAUGGCCAUCUGCCGUACCAUCCUGGGCUUUACCGAGGCCGCCUUCUUCCCCGGUGCGCUGUAUUUGCUUUCAAUGUUCUAUACCAAGGAACAGCUCGCCCUGCGUACGGCCAUUCUCUAUUCUGGCUCUCAACUCGGUAACGCAUUCGGUGGUCUGUUCGCCCUCGCCUGUCUCCAGUUGGAUGGGGCCCAUGGACUCGAGGGAUGGAGGUGGCUCUUCAUCGUUGAGGGUGUCAUGACUGUUGGUUUUGCCAUCAUCUUCGCCACGUACAUGCCCAAUCGGCCGGAGAGUAUGCGCUGGUUAUCGCCUAUUGAGAGGGAGCAACUCCUUUAUCGUUUAGCUGCGGAUCGGGGGACCAAGGAUGGGGCUGAGGAGAUGGGACAGCGCCAGGCGAUCCGCCUAGCAUUCACUGAUAUCAAGGUAUGGCUCGUGGGAAUCACCUUGACGAUCGCAUACGUUGCUGCUGCUGUCACAAACUUUUUCCCCAUCGUGGUCAACGGGCUCGGAUUUAACCGCACCACGACCUUGGCGAUCACGGCGCCGCCCUAUAUCCUGUGUAUUCUCGUGAUCAACUUGAAUGGUUUCCAUUCCGACAAGAAACGCGAGCGCACAUGGCACAUUAUCGGUCCGUUCUUUGUCACCAUCCUCGCCAACGUCAUUGCCGUCGCCACGACCAAUAUCGGCGCGCGGUACUUUGCCAUGAUGCUCAUGCCUGCGUCGUUCUACUCGGCCUCGAUUGUGCUGCUUUCUUGGAUCUCCACAACUGUUGUCGGACCACACACUAAGCGCGCCGUCGCUAUUGCCAUCAUCAACGCCGUCUCGAAUACCUCCAAUAUCUGGACAUCCUACCUCUACACCGGCGCGCCUCGGUACACCCUCGCUUUCGCAGUCAACCUCGCUGCUUCGGUCGUGGUCGUCCUCCUCGUGCUAGUCACGCGGUGGUACCUCGCUCGCCUUAAUGCCAAGCUCGAGCGCGGUGAGGAUCUCGGUAAGCAGGGCCCCAGUGCCGUGCAGAUCGAGGCGGGGUUCCGGUUUGUUCUCUAA